AUGGCGGAUGACAUUGGCUUCAUUGGAAUCGGAAAUAUGGGGUACGGGAUGGCAGGGAAUAUUCGGAAGAAAAUGCCCAGUGGCGCAACCCUCUAUGUCAAUGAUGUGGUCCUACCAACGUGCGAACGCUUUGUGAGGGAAUUCGGCGGAUUUGGCCCAAUUAUAAUCGGCGAGACUCCAAGAAAGAUCGCUGAGAAGGCCAAGACGAUUAUCACCAUGCUGCCUGCUGGUAUCCAGGUGAGACAGGUUUAUCUGGAGGGAAAUGCGUCUUUCUUGCAGGCCCCAGCAGACAAAGAUCGCCUCUUGUUGGAAUGCAGUACGAUUGAGGUCAAUACAGCCAAAGAAAUCGGAAGAACAGUCCUGGAGGCUGGGAAGGGCACGUACAUUGAUGCUCCUGUCUCGGGCGGCGUCAAAGCUGCAGCUGCUGGCACAUUGUCAUUCAUGGUUGGCGCUGACGGGCCCGGAGAGCAGGAUAGCAGUCCCAUAAAUCGACGAGCUUUUGAUAUGAUCUCUAUGAUGGCUGACCCGGCCAAGGUUAUCUUCGCCGGUCAGCUCGGGACGGGCUUAGCUGCCAAGAUUGCGAAUAACUACAUUGCUUUCUGUACAUCCCUUGCCACAGCAGAAGCAAUGUCAAUUGGAGUGCGCAGCGGGGUGGAGCCGAAGACGUUGUUUAACAUCAUCAGAGCGUCCACGGGAGAUUCAUGGCAUCUGGGUAUCAAGCCAUGUAUUCCGGACAUCGUCCCUACUGCUCCAUCUAGUAAUGGGUACGCCCCUGCGUUCAAACCCUUUAUGGUGGUCAAGGACCUGGGCCUCGCUCUUGAAGCAGCACGAGAGACGGGGAUUGAGCCGCGGUGCGCCACAGCGGCGCUUGAGACCUACAAAAAAGCAUCGCAGCUCACACGUUAUAAGGACCUCGACUGUACAGCCGUCUGGCUUCUCAUCAACGAAAAGGCCUCACCAAAUCCGGGGACACAGUAG